AUGUCACCAAUAUUCGAGUCGAACUUUUCCAUAAGCAGCAUACUCUCGAACGAUGAAGACAACAAGCCAAUCGACAUAAGACCGAAUUACACCUACUCCGCGUUGGUGACGAUGGCCAUACGAAGCAGCCCGGAGCAGAAACUAACAUUGAGUAGCAUCCAACAGUGGAUCAUGGACAAUUUUCCGUACUAUCGAAAAGAUCAACGCGGCUGGCAGUGCCAGAUUCGUCAUACGCUCACUACAAAUUCCUGUUUCAUGAAGAUACCACGUCCACCAAGCGAUCCGGGACGCGGAAAUUACUGGACCGUGAACCCAGAAGUUGAGUCUAUCAAGAAGAGUGCGUCACCUGGACAAGCGCAAGUCGUCACAAACGCAUUUGAAUCGAAAUAUAACGUUAAUCAAGCAAUGGCACAGGGAGUACCACAUCCACAAAUGUCAACGGCUAGAUAUUUUCCAACUCCACAAGAAAUUGAGCGGACGCAACAAAUGAUGAUGGAACAUGCGCUGCUAGAACAGCACGCAUGGUUCUUGCAUCACCAGCAACAAACGAAACUGUUGCAACAACAAUUGGUCACUCUACAACAACAGCAAUAUCAGCAACAGUGUGAAGAGAUCUAUAGGAAGAUAACUUUCCAUCAACAACAGUGCGCUUUUUUGUCUGCCACACAUUACCCCAUGUCUGAACCGAAUUCGUUUCAAUGA